AAAUAUUUUCGUUGCAAACAUUUCGCUUUAACAAAAUAUAAACAAAGUUGAUUGAUCGUCAUCACCAUUAUUCACACUCUACUAUAUUUUGCUGCUUCUUCUAAACACAACAACAAAACUAAAACUCAACUCAAUCAUUAGUUUUUUAUUACUCUGGAGUGACAUUCUUGCGUACCAGUCACCACCACCACUUAACUGCAAUUUAGAAUACAACAUCAUUAUCAUUGUUGGAGAAGAAAGAAUACAUGCAACCAGCAUAGAAAAGAGUAUAGAAAGAAGUUUGGAAAUUAUUUAACAAAAAAACAUUAAAAACAAGACAAAUUGCAAUUGUUCGAAUUGAGUAAAUUACAGCAACUGCUACAACAUAAAUCUCGACGUUUAGUUCAUGUUUAUAAAUUGAACUAGAAAAAAAACAACUACAAAUAACAACAAUUACCAGCUUUAAACAACACAAAAAAUUACUUACACAGUUCCAAUUUAAACAAUUUGCAAUUUUCAAACAAAUAUCUCGCUCACAACACGAUCUCCUCCGUACUCUUUUUCUAUAAAGGAACAAAAAAAAUUCAACAGCUUUAGCAGCUUCAAUUUAAACGUAUUUUUUGUUUAUUUCUCCUUGUGUUUCAAAUUUAAUUUUUGUAACAAAUCAGCAACAACAACAAAUUACCUUCAAAUAAUAAUAACAACAACAACUACAUCAUUAAAACAAACAAAUAAACAACAAAAAUAUAAAAAUUAACUUCGCUGUGCGAAUAUAAUAAAUAAUAACAAUACAACAAACAACAACAACUACAAAUAAUAACCGCAAAAAAAGCUAACAAAAACAGCAGCAACAACAUCUACAAGAAACAAGCAAUGGAACGCGAAUCAAAUCCGAUGCAACCUAUGUGCCGCUCUGGUUGCGGUUUUUAUGGUAAUCCAGCUACAGAUGGUUUAUGCUCAGUUUGCUACAAGGAUUCCUUGAGAAAAAAGCAACAACCACCUGUUGGCAGCACACCUGUUUCAGUUCCAAGCCCACAACCAAGUCCCACAUUUAGUCCAGCCAUUACAAUACCUUCAGCAGCACAGCCAACAGUACAGAGUUUACAUCAGCAACACAAUGAAAUUAAAGAGAAAAUAAAUGAAGAAAACACAGCCAAAACUAGCAGCGAACCAGCCGCAACCGCCGGUCCAUCAACUUCCACACAACCAGCCGAAGAUGAUAAAGACAAGGAAGACGACAAAGAUUCUAAAAAGAAAAAGAAUCGUUGCGCUGAAUGUCGCAAAAAAGUUGGCUUGACAGGUUUCCUUUGCAGAUGUGGCGGUUUAUAUUGUGCUGUCCAUCGAUACAGCGAUAAGCACAAUUGUACAUUUGAUUAUCGGGAACAUGGAGCCCAAGAAAUUAGACGCAAUAAUCCGGUAGUAGUUGGCGAAAAAAUACAAAAAAUUUGAACUUUUGUGCCAUCAUCAUUAAACAACUUUAUAAUAAUAUAAUCUUAUACAUAAAUCUAUAUAUAAAUAUAAAAAACAACUUAUAAAUAUUAAAUAUAAAUACAAAACCUUUAAUAAUAAUAUAAAUAUAUAAAAUAAUAUUAAAAACCAGAAAAAACUAAUUUAAAUAUAAAAAAAAAACUGAAAAAAAUCUAAAAAAAUGUAAACAACACAAUACAAAAAAAAAAUAUGCAGAGAAGUUUAAAGAAAAAGCCAAUUACAACCAAAAACAAAAAAAAAACAACCAACAAAAUUUUACUUUUUGUUAAAAUCAACAACUAACUUUUUUCCAAACCACAAUGCAAUUUAAAUUUUUUGUUUUUUUUUACCAACACACAGCAUUUUAUUUAUUACAAAGAUGUUUCUAAUAAAAGAGGGGUACAUAUUUAGCUAAAAACAAACACUUUUGUAUAAUUAGAAUAUUAAACAGCUUUUUUUCGAAAUAUAUAAAAAACUACUUAUACUAAUUAAACUAAUUAAAGACUUUGAUAACAAAAACCCUAAAACAAACAUUUAUAUUAACAAUUCUUUUUUAAAAAAAAUGCUGCUGCAGUUUCUAAAUUAAAUUAAAAGAGUAAGAAAAACCACCAGUAACAAAUUGCUUUCAAAAUCAUAAGAAUUAUUAGUUUUUUCUCCAAAAAAAGUUUAAUUUAAAAAAAAAUUUGUUUAUAAAUAAAUUCUAAUACAAAAAAACUUAUCAUUAAACACUUUAUUAGUAUGAGAAGGUAAUAAGCAAAAAAAAAACUUUUUUAAAUUAAAGCAAACAAACACCCAUUAAACAACAAUUUACACUUAGUUUAUUUAACAUCUUACGACUAUUCAAAACAAAAAACUACUACUAUUUACUGCAAAAACAAAUACAAUAUUGAUUGAAUAAUUGAAUAUAAAAAAUGAAAAAAAAACAAAAAAUCAAUUGCAUAAAAACAACUCUAGUAAAUAUCAAUAUUAAAACAACCAACUAAGAAAACAAACAAAACCAACACCUAAAUGCUAAAUUUUAAACAAAAAAAAAAUAAGAAAAUAAAAACAAAUUUUGUGAGUUUGAUAAAGAAAAGGAAAACAAAAAAAAAUCGUAAAUAUUAUUCUAUUAUUAAAAUUAAUAACAAGUUUUAAGUAGUAAUAUUAUUAAUUAAUUAAUUAUAAAAAAGAAAGUAAAGAGAAAAAGGAUUUAAAUUUAAUUUAAAAACAAUUAACAACAAACCACAUACAUAUUUCUAAACACUUACAACAAGUUUAUAAUUUUGUUCACUUUAUUCUAAAAAUAUUAUUUUUUUUCUGAGAAAAAUUACCACAACAAACUUUGUCAGUCAUUAAAUGUUAAAUUAAACUGCAGGUAUAAAUAUUAUAUUAUAGAGAAAUGAAAAUAUGUAUAAGAAUUUAAUAAAUAUUUUUUAUAAAGUUUGAAAUUUUAAAAGAUUUUUUUUGAGAUAUAAACAAUUGAAAUGUAAACAAAUGUAUUAACACAUAAAACAUCUAUAAAUCGCUGACUGAUAUCUCAAAAAUCUUAAAAAAAAUUUUAAAUAUUAAUUAUAAUUUUGAAAUUUGUUUCCUUCGUUUAUAAAAAUAAAUGCUAGAGGGCUAAGGCGUAAUAUGAAUUGUAAGAAAAAAUAAUUUCGUAUUAAAUUUGUAUGAUUUUUUUUUUAUUUCAAAUCAAAUUACGCAAUAUUUUUUGUAAUAAUAAUUCAGGCUUCAAAAACGUUUUAUUAUUAUAUCAACAUUUAAAGCGUGUUGUUUGAAUCCUUAGACUUUUGAAUACAAGUGGUAGUAGUAGUUGUGAAAAUCUCUAGAUUUUUCUGACUUCUCUUGUAAUGCUUCAACAUCAAUUUCCUAAUUAGUUUGCUUUAAAGCCUUUUGUGUCUACACAACUUUAUAAAUCGUGGAGUUAAAUUCUUAUAUUUCAAAUUGAUUAGAAAUCUGAUAAAGUUUGUUCAACAAUUUGUAUUGUAUUGUGAAAAAGAAAGAAAGAAAAAAAUGUAAAAAAGAAGAUAGUCUGCUGAGGGAAAAGUCCUUUUUCAAAUUUAUGCAUUUUUUUUUGGGCAAAAGAAGAAUUUGAAACCCGACUUUUCUCUGAAAACCAACAAAACAAAAUAAUUUUCUUUUUUAUUAUUUUAAUAAUAUAAAAAAAUGCUUUAAAAAUGUCUUCUUUAUUAUUUCACUUAAAUUAAUAUUAUUUUCUUCAAUUCUCUUUUAUUUGUGUUAAUUAAUACGCUAAAGCUUUAAGCUUUAUUAUAUUUUUAUUAUUUUUUUCAAUAUCCUACCAUCUUCCUACUCUUUUUUCCCCCCUUUAUAAUUUGAAAUACACUUCUUUUUUUAAUUUUUUUGUUUUAAACUUUUUUUCUUUUAUUAUUUUUUUAAGUUUAUUUUUAAUUAUUAUUAUUAAUUUUUUUCUUUUUUGUUAACUCUUUAUAUAUAUAAAAAAAAAUAUUAUAUUAUUAUUAAAUUAACUAGAGCUUGCUUUUUAUUUUUAUUAUUAUAUAUUAUCUUUUAAAUGUUUUAUUUUUAUUAAAAAUAUUUUUUAGAAUUAAUUAAAACAAAUAUUUAGUAAUAAUUUCUUGAUGAAAAAAGGUUUUUAAUUGUUUUUUUGAAAUUUUAAUUUAAAGAAAAAAAAAAUAAAAAUAUUAAAGAAAAUAAAAAGAAAAAAAUUUAGUUAAAACCACUUUACAAAAUAAAUAAAACUAAACAAAUGUUUGUAUUCAUUUCAGUAGAUUUUUGGAAAAACAAAAACACAAAAAAAGAGAAAAAUCAAUGUUAGGGGUUGUUGUCUUUUCAUUAUUAGUUUCUUUAAAAAUACACUAAAAAUUUCCUAGAAAAAAAGCCACCAUAAAGACAUUUUUCUUUAUAUUAAAAAAAUAUGGAUGAGAACUUGUAAUUUUGUUGUGAAUUUAAAUAUUUUUUAAAACAUAACUAUUUUUCCCAAGGUGACACGCAAACCUUAAAGGAUAUAUGCAGCUAUAUGCAUGUGAAUGAAUUAACUGUCCCUUAAAAAAAGUGAAAACUUAAGUUUUUUUAGGUUUUUACCUUUAUAUUCUUACAUAUAUUUUGUUUUACUAACAACUCUGGUCUUCAUACUUUAAUUUUAUUUAAAUUUAUUUUAAUAUUUUGUUUAAUUACCUCCUCUUUAACACCUACUAUACUAUAUGCUUUAAAUAAAUUCUUUUCAUUUAUUUAAAUAGUUACGUUUUAUAAACACAUAAUAUGAAUUUGUUUAUGUAAAUGAAUUGAACACUUUUAAUAUUAAACAUACAUAGUUUCUUUUUUUUUUUCUUUCAAAUAUUUAGUGAAAUUAUAUAUUUACAUACAUAUUUUUUUUUUUUUUUGUAAUUAUAAGUUUAAUUAUUAAAUCACUUUGUGUGUGUUAAAUAUUCAUAAAUUUAAUUUUAGAUGUGUUUAAUAAUUUUUUUCUCUCUCUCGCUUCUCUAGAUACUUUUAAAAACAAAUAAAUUGUAAAAUAAUUUAAUAUUAAUAUAUAAAUAUACAUCUAUAUAAUACGUAUACAUCAGAUAAUAAGAAGUUAAAUAAAUUACAAAGAAACAAAUUUAAAAAUUAUUCAAAA